GAGGUCGCUAUCAAUACCCUUGGAAGCCUCCAUAGGCCAGAGGCAAUCUGCUUGGUUGGCCAUGAUGUGUACCUCCUACAAACUUCCUGAAUAGAUGGGCCAUGUUCACCCACGUAGCUUGUGGCGGAUGAUGGCCACCACCCCUAAUGCAUCCUUAAUGUCUAUUCUGUUCACUCCCUCGACCUCGACUACUCAUUGUUCUCGUGAAUUAUGCCAUCACUGCAAAGUCUUCUUCUCUGUAUUGACGAGGAUGCCUGGUAUAUAUCCACCUAUCUUAUUACCAUGUCUAGCAACGAUUGCAAAAUCAUGCCUGGGAUCAUCCCGGCACACUAGUAGCUCCCGUCAUGUGUAGUGGAGACGGGAGACGUCCAGCAAGGUCAGUAGUGUU